AUGGCUCGCCUCUCAGGACUACAGAAAGAGGUUCUCGCUCUCUACCGCAAUUGCCUAAGAGAAACCCGAAAGAAACCACAGGCUACUCGACCACACUUUGAGAGCUUUGCCAGUUCCUCCAACGAUUCAUCUAACACUAACGAGCCACGUAAGGCCAUCAAGGAAACUACAACAGACGGCCCAGGAACCCAGAACCACUCUCGAUUGAACCGGGAUACACAGCCACGACUUGGUAUGUCUACUGGCUUUGAAUAUACCUCACAGCCUAACUCGGGAACCCCGAAAGACAAACACAGACCUGUCAGCCCGCUGCAUAUCUCCGAGAUGAAUGGCCUGGCACCUCCAAGAAGAGUGUCCUCCUCAACCCACCAAGACCGCCCCAAAAGAACGGAGUUGCAUAAGUAUGCGAUGUCAUCGCAGGCCCUUGAUGCAGAUGUUUUCGGAGGCACUUCCACUACAGAAAAUAGCUCCAAUGUGAACAAUGAACUCGUGGAAGCUAUCUCAAGGAACAUUGCGCAACAGCUGCAGUUGUUAUCAAUCAAAGACGAAUCCCCAUCAACAAAGUACACCCACAAGAAGAAGUCUGGUGCAAGCCUCCGCACCAUAGCUGCACUUCUUCCCUUUCGUUCUGAGUUCAAAGCUGCUGGGCUAGCUAUCACUUCAAAGGACCAAGCAACCCAUCCUAGUCCCCGUGGCAAACCUCGAGCUACGAAGACCACAGCUUCAAAACCAUCACCCGAACAAUCACAUCUUACCCAAGUGGAUAGUGCCACCCGAUGUCCAAGCUCGAGUAUAGAGAUUCCUUUCCCUGCCGUCGAGGACAUGGACGAGUGGAGGUAUGCAAUGGUCGACGUCGAAGAACGCUCGCGAAAGAAGGUGGCAGAUGCAAUUGCGGCUCAUUGCACUUCAUGUCAAUCUGGAAAUCUGUGCCAUUUGAAGAAGGAAGCAAUGGCUGGUCCUAUAUCCAAAGUUCCCAGGAGUCAUAUGCAUUCUUAUCCUGAGUGGCCUAACAUGGUUUCUACGGGCAAAAGGACGUCGCACCAGCGAAGGGACCACGCAAACCGGGUAGCAACAUCAUAUUCGCGGCCAGCUCAUAGUAAGCAGAAGCCGAAACAAACCACAUCAGCUUUCUUUUCGCCCCCGAAGACACCUACUAGUCGUUCGAACGUAUCGAAAAGAUCAAUCGCGCCACAAGAUGCUGGUCCGUCCUCGAAUAUUCAUCGGCCCCGCGCAGAAAGCGGCACUCGCACCCGUGUGUGGCGAGCAACGAAACCUGAUCAAGACCAGAACCAGAGCCUGCGUGCCAGAUCAACCCGACCGUCAAAGAGUCUUAGCCAUGCCGUUCCAGUAUACAACAGCUCGAGACGCGGCCACAGUCUAAGUGCCGACGUCGUUGUCCCUCAGCGCACAGAGUUAGCCCAAAAACCCGGAAAGCCUUUACCAGAUCUACCCCGGCCUGAAUCAUCAGCAACAUCCAUAGAAGAAGACUGCGACCUGUCUGUUGAGGCUGACGCCUUGCCCCUUACGACAUCCGGAGAAGAAGAAGAUUGUGGGCUGUCUGUUGAAGCCGAUGCCUCACCACUUACACCAAAGACGGGUUCCAAUAACAAAGGCAAAGGAAAAGCGUCACAUAUGGGAUUAAAGAAGGAGCAAGAUUCUUCUAUUUCACCAAAUCAUGUUACCGUCUGCUCACGGGGCUUUUCUGGUCGAAAGAUUGCCCGGCCAACCGUCCCAAAAAGAACGUCAUCGAUCAGAAGUCUUCGAGCAAAAAGUCAAGAUGAUGAUCAAGUCACAAUCUUAGACCGUGAUGUCUUAAGGGGAUUGCAUAUUGCAGCUUCGGCAGCUUGUAAUGAGCAAAUCGAUGCGUUCAUCCGCGAGAAGACUGGCCUGCACAUUCGACAGUUCUUAUCCGACUUGACGCCAAUUGAAAGUUUAGGCAACAAUCCCAGCCGCGAUGCCAAGGAGAGGAGGGCAAAGAGAAGAAGAGCAGAGAUUAGAGAGACGAAGCGAAAAGUACGAAGGUCGAGGCAAAUGAGAAAGCGAACAAUGUCCUGA